AUGAGGUUUCUUCAAUUUAUUUUUGUACUAGUUUUAUGUUAUUGUGAAGCUAAUAGAUUUAUUUUGGCUACUGAUGACCUAACUACCACCGUCGCUGGAUCACCUACCACCGUCGCUGGAUCACCUACCACCGUCGCUGGAUCUCCUACCACCGUCGCUGGAUCUCCUACCACCGUCGCUGGAUCUCCUACCACAGUCGCUGGAUCACCUACCACCGUUGCUUCUCUCACUACUGUUACAGAAGCUCCACUCGUGCUGACUGAAUUACCGAUAAAAAAUGCAUUUGUGUAUCCAACUAAUGGUGCUAGAGGUCUUCUUCAAAACAUUCUAGUACUCAGAAAUCAAGUUUUACAAUUGACAGAAGAGUUGCAAAAUUUGAGUCAAGACGUUGAUCCUACUUCUUCUCCUCUAUUAUCUCAAAUCGACGAGCUUUCUAGUAACGCCGCUGCCAUGAACCAAACUAUUGCUGCCCUGCAACAACGUUUGAUUACUUUGUCAGGUGUGGAAGAUACUUUGAACCAGAAUGCCACCGUGAUUCAAUCUUACUUUACCUGCUUAUCAAAGGCGGGAUGCGUGACCGAUGCUUCCACCCCAGUUCUGACGACAACAAAACCACCUCUUGCUGCUUGUCCAAAUCCUCCUUCAACAGCUACCGAUUCUCCUCAAGAUUAUACGCAAGAUAGUCUCUCGAAUGUAAACUGUUCCUCUGUCAUUGGAGGGUCUGGGAAGGUAUCUUUGACAAUUGAUUCAGUGACCAUUGCUGGAACAGCAGUCUUAACUAUUACUGAUGGAGCAUCAGGAGCAACUUUAGCGAACAUAUCGGCCACGACUUCCGAAUCAAAAACUAUUUCUGGAGACAAUUUGAUUAUCUAUUACAAAGCAAGCACAAGUUCUUCAAUAAGUUUCAAAUUAUCCUAUGCAAAACAAAACCUCUGUGAUGGUGCCGAUGAUAUGUGUGGACCAAACGGUAAAUGCCAAGUCGGAAAUGGGAAGGCGUAUUGCUCUUGCAAUGCAUGCUUUUCGAUUGGAUCAGAUCAAAAAUGCUCAAACCAACAAACUGUAUGUUCCGCCCGCGAAAAGGCUAAAUGCAAAGAUGAAACUCCUGUCUGCACAAUGGGACCUGAUGACGCAGGUCAAACGUGUGUUGCCAAGUGCGUAGCUGAUGGAGCGAGUAUUGCUGCUUGGGUCAGAAAACUUUAUAGAUGA